GCACUCCACAGACUGUUGUUUAAAGAUGUCUCCCUAACAACCGGAACCGGGAGCCGAACCGGAACCGGAGCUGUUUCUAAAUAACCGCUGCGCUUUCAUUAUCAUUCGUCGCGUUUUCCUCAUAGAUUAUUUUUUGUCUCCGUCGGGAUCCCGUAGAUUAACGACGACACGAUGGUCUUCCCUGUGAUCUGAUUGGUAGUUGGACCCGACGGCGACUGGCUUUGAUCCCCGAACUGAACCCGCUAACCGGAGCAGGUUAGCCGCUUAGCACGAGUUACCAUGGUGAUCUACCGAGGCAGCUAAGCUAGCUAGCUUCGCAGGACGCCAACAAAAAACAAACACCCGGAGUUAAAGCUGAAGUUACCCGGACAACCGCGGACCCUGCUUUCGUAGCACAGGCCUCGGGCCUCGGGAGAAGUUCUCGCUGGACAAUCGCCUCGGGUCGGAAUGGCUGGGACUGGCGAGGGGAAGAAGGAAGAGGCCGACUACAAGAGACUGCACUGCUUCCCCCUCAUCAGGGAAACGGACAUGCCAGAAGAGAUGAAGGUUGAGACCAUGGAGCUGUGUGUCACAGCCUGUGAAAAGUUUGCCACCAACAACGAGAGCGCGGCGAAGAUGAUCAAGGAGUCCAUGGACAAGAAAUUCGGCAGCUCUUGGCACGUGGUCAUCGGCGAAGGCUUCGGCCUCGAAGUCACGCACGAGGUGAAGAACAUGCUCUACAUGUUCUUCGGGGGGAGCCUGGCCGUCUGUGUUUGGAGGUGCUCGUAGCACCUCCCACUGGCCUUGCAUCUCCCUCCGCCCCCCCUCCUCCCACUAUGUGCCGUGGUCACUGGGCUUAGGGAUGAACGCUGGCCACCAACCUACCAGAUGCUGGUAACACUGGUGCCGCGGGCAGGUCAGUUUGUCCCACACUUACCAGCCACUGUGGAAGAUAAUAAAACCACCGUUAUCAACAUCUCGUCCAGUUAAAAAAUGUAGUUGGCAGGGAAAAAACUACUCGAAAGGGAAUUUCGAGAGCGGCAGUCACUUUGACGUUAACGUAGCUGACGUCUGUCACUUCUGUCUUUUCUUUUUCUUUUGACGACGUAUCCACGGUCCUGAACAUUUGUGAGUAUGCAUGUGCAAGCAAGUUCAACUUUUACAAACAGUACAGCCAGCCAGGGUUUCCAAAGUCCUUUACCCUCAUUCCUCUUCAGGGAGCGUGCGUGUGUGUGUGUCUAUGAGAGCGAGAGAGAGAGAGAGAGAGUGUGAGUGUAUGUCAAUAUGUUUGUGUUGGACACAGUUUUUUUUUUCUCAAAUAACACUUCAUUGUCAGCUCCCUCUGCAGUUUUUUUUUUAUGCGCGUGUGUGUGUGUAACGUUUUACAGUAGUCUUUCUCUCUCUCAAGCCAUGCUCGUCUUUUUAAUAAGAUUCGUAAUAUUUUUUAACGUGUACAUAUUUUGGAUGCGACUUGAAAAGACUUCUUUCUAAAAAGACCAGUGUCGUCUUCUUACGACGGAAAAAAAGGCUCAGAGUGUUCAACGAGCCAAAUGAACGCUGAAACCCGCUCCGCUCCGUUAAAAAAAGGCGUUUGUAAUAAUCCCCAACAAGUUUUCACCCGCGGAGUGAAACGAGCAAUGUGAUUGUUGUCACGGCGAUGCCGGUGUUAAUGAUCCAGGGCAAUGGACCAUUAUAUGUGAACUGACCUGAUUGUUCAAUAAACUAUGAAAUGUGAUGAAA